CUCUCAAACUUGUCACCAUAACACAGAGUGAAGAUUCAAAGCCAAGCACCAAGCACCGGGUUGGAUCCUUGGCCGAUGGGCAUUGGUGUCUCUGACUGACCAGCAGGAUGGAGACCACGCCCUUGAAUUCUCAGAAAGUGCUGUCAUUGUCCAAGGACAAAGAAGACUGCCAAGAAAAUGGUGUUCUACAGAAGGGUGUCCCCACCCCAGGGGACAGGGCAGAGCCUGGCCAAAUAUCCAAUGGGUACUCUGCAGUUCCCAGCACAAGUGCGGGAGAUGAUGCUCCACACUCCGUCCCAGGUGCUACCACUACCCUGGUGGCUGAGAUUCACCAAGGGGAACGGGAAACCUGGGGCAAGAAGAUGGAUUUUCUCUUGUCGGUCAUCGGCUAUGCUGUGGACCUGGGCAACGUCUGGCGUUUCCCCUAUAUAUGCUACCAGAAUGGCGGAGGGGCCUUCCUCCUCCCCUAUACCAUCAUGGCCAUCUUUGGGGGGAUUCCCCUCUUUUACAUGGAGCUUGCGCUGGGCCAGUACCACCGAAAUGGGUGCAUUUCUAUAUGGAGGAAGAUCUGCCCGAUCUUCAAAGGGAUUGGCUACGCCAUCUGCAUCAUCGCCUUCUACAUCGCCUCCUACUACAACACCAUCAUAGCCUGGGCGCUUUACUACCUUAUCUCCUCCUUCACGGACCGUCUGCCCUGGACCAGUUGCAAGAAUUCUUGGAACACCGGCAACUGCACCAACUAUUUCUCCCAGGACAACGUCACCUGGACGCACCAUUCCACGUCGCCUGCUGAGGAGUUUUACUUGCGCCAUGUUCUGCAGAUCCACCGGUCUGAGGGCCUCCAGGACCUGGGGGCCAUCAGCUGGCAGCUGGCACUCUGCAUCAUGCUCGUCUUCACCAUUGUCUACUUCAGCAUCUGGAAAGGAGUCAAAACAUCUGGCAAGGUGGUAUGGGUGACAGCGACCUUCCCUUACAUUGUCCUUUCUGUCCUGCUGGUGAGGGGGGCUACCCUUCCUGGAGCCUGGAGAGGGGUCGUCUUCUACUUGAAGCCCAACUGGCAGAAACUCUUGGAGACAGGGGUGUGGGUGGAUGCUGCCGCUCAGAUCUUCUUCUCUCUCGGCCCAGGCUUUGGGGUUCUCCUGGCUUUUGCUAGCUACAACAAGUUCCACAACAACUGCUACCAAGAUGCCCUGGUGACCAGUGUGGUGAACUGCCUGACAAGCUUCCUUUCUGGCUUUGUCAUCUUCACGGUGCUUGGCUACAUGGCUGAGAUGAGGAAUGAAGAUGUGUCCGAGGUGGCCAAGGAUGCAGGCCCCAGCCUCCUUUUCAUCACGUACGCAGAGGCUAUAGCCAACAUGCCAGCAUCCACAUUCUUUGCCAUCAUCUUCUUCCUCAUGUUAAUCACGCUGGGCUUGGACAGCACGUUUGCAGGCCUGGAAGGUGUGAUUACAGCUGUGCUGGAUGAGUUCCCACACAUCUGGGCCAAGCGCCGGGAGUGGUUUGUGCUCUUUGUGGUCAUUGCCUGCUUCUUGGGAUCCCUGAUCACACUGACCUCUGGAGGGGCGUAUGUGGUGACUGUGCUGGAGGAGUAUGCCACAGGGCCCGCGGUGCUCACCGUGGCUCUCAUAGAAGCCAUCGCUGUGUCUUGGUUCUAUGGGAUCACUCAGUUCUGCAGUGACGUGAAAGAAAUGCUCGGCUUCAGCCCAGGAUGGUUCUGGAGGAUUUGCUGGGUGGCCAUCAGCCCCCUGUUUCUCCUGUUCAUCAUUUGCAGUUUUUUGAUGAGUCCACCCCAACUACAGCUUUUCCAAUACAAUUAUCCGCACUGGAGUACCAUCUUGGGAUACUGCAUAGGAACAUCAUCCGUCAUCUGCAUCCCUCUAUAUAUCAUCUACCGGCUCAUCAGCACUCCAGGGACACUUAAGGAGCGCAUUAUUAAAAGUAUCACUCCUGAAACACCAACGGAAAUUCCCUGUGGGGACAUCCGCUUGAAUGCCGUGUAGCACACCAGUGAGAGGAACCGGCUUCCCAGCCGCCUCCUUCAGCUCUGAAAAGCCCCACGUCGACGUCUCCCCUCUAAGUCAAGCCUGAUGAUGAUGAUACAAGGUCUUUCUUCGUGGAGACACCGUCCUAAAGACUAUGGUGCCCAGACUCUCGUGGAUUCCAGCCACUUCUUCCCAUGAAAUCUCUUGGACAUA